CUUCAGUUCUCACUCAUGAAAAGGCAAUUAAGAAUGACUAACAAGACAAAACAAUGAAGUCGUUGUGGAAAGUCUACUCUUUCUUGGAAAUGAGGUUAUAUAUUGAAUAAAGAACAGAUCCAUGUAUAAUGAAUAAAGGGCACAAAUAUAACUAUAUAAACCACAAGUUUUUUUUCUUUCUGAAACAAUCAAUCCUACUUAUCUGCAUUAAUCAUGCCAAGGGUACAACAACAGCAGCAGAAAGGUACGAGCAUGGAGGCGAUCAUAAAGAAGGGGGCAUGGUCUCCGGAGGAAGACCAAAAACUGAGAGGUUAUAUCAUGAAAUAUGGCAUCUGGAAUUGGAGACAGAUGCCCAAAUUUGCAGGGCUUUCAAGAACGGGGAAAAGUUGUAGACUAAGAUGGAUGAACUAUCUCCGCCCUGAUGUUAAGAGAGGACCCUUUACCACGGAAGAGGUUGAAAUUGUCAUCAAAACUUAUCAGGAACUUGGAAAUAGCUGGUCAGCAAUAGCCGCAAAAUUGCCUGGAAGAACAGAUAACGAAGUUAAGAACUUCUUCCACACACACUUAAAGAAGCAUCUUGGACUGAAAAAUCAUGAUGUUCCAUUGAAAACUAGUAAAAUCCGCAAACAAACCAAAGAAGAUGAGAAGAAAAUUAGUACUCGAGGAAGACUUGUACUUGAAAUGAGCAAUAACAGCAAUUCAUUAACAACAGAUGUUUGUUCACCCUGCAGCAGCAUUACUACAUGUGAAGAAAACCAAAUGAUGGAUCCUUUUGUGAAUUUCUCACAAACUUUUGAAGUUUGUUAUAACAACAUUACUUCACUUGUUGUCGAUCAACAAGUCCCCAACAUGGAAAACACAUGUAUAAAUAUUGGUGUUGCCCUACCACAUUCUAUUCCCCAUGGUUCUGCUGUUAACUCCUUCGACCAAUUCGAUAUGACUUCAUUCUGGAUUGAUGUACUUGGAAAUAUCUGAACAUCUUACUUUCUAAAACAUGUUACAAGUUAGAACCCAUGUGCAGGUCCUAGUUUUUAUCCACUUUUUAUUCUCUCACAAAGCAAUAAUCCUACAUCUUCUGUAUUAGGUCCUAGUUUUUGUCCACUUUUUAUUCUCUCACAAAGCAAUAAUCUGUAUUAGGUCCUAGUUUUUAUCCACUUUUUUGUCUUUCUUACAAGGCAAUAAUUCUAAUCUUCUGUCUUAAACUUGAAAUAUAAUAGAAUCUAUUAUGUUUUUUUUA